AUUCUGCUCCCGGGGGUGGGAAGGGAAGGGAAGGGAGGUGCUGCCGGGGCCGCCCCAUGCGCGCUCUGCCGCCCCCGCCGCUCCUCUGGCUCUGCCUGGCGGCCGCUGGCGUAGCAGCAGAGCCAUUGAAAUCAGUAGAAUUACACAAGAAGGAAGGAACUACUCAAUCUGCCUGACUCACAGGCUUUGACACAAGCCAGAUGGCUGCGAUUGGUAGGCGCACAGGCUGCCUGGUACUGCAGUUGAUGAAACAGAAUAGGAAGACGUUUUAUGAUCAGUUGCGGGAGCACAAUAAGACUGCAGCUUUGCUAGGGUCAUGUAGGGAUAAAAAGAACUGCAAGGUGGUCUUUUCCCAGCAGGACCUGAGGAAGCGGCUGACGCCUUUGCAGUACCAUGUCACUCAGGAGAAAGGGACUGAAAGCGCCUUUGAGGGAGAAUACACACAUCAUAAAGCUCACGGGAUAUACAAAUGUGUUGUCUGUGGAACUCCUUUAUUCAAGUCAGAAACAAAGUUUGACUCCAAUUCAGGUUGGCCUUCAUUCUAUGAUGUGAUCAGUCCUGAUACAAUUACGUUCACCGAUGACUUCUCUUAUGGGAUGCACAGGAUUGAAACAGGCUGUAGUCAGUGUGGUGCUCACCUGGGGCAUAUCUUUGACGAUGGGCCUCGUCCAACUGGCAAAAGAUAUUGCAUAAACUCUGCUUCGUUAUCUUUUGAGCCUGUAGAUAAGAACAAUGCUGGAGAAGGCAGCGGUAGCACCAGUCCUGCCCAAACAGACAAAACUGAGCUGUAGGACAAAGAGCGGUCUGCAGAAAACUCAAGGCUUAUGAAGAAUGUUUUUUCUAACUUGCCUGCUAUAUUAUAUCAUAUUUUUAAAUGUAUAAAGACGUUCUGCACCAGUAGGUUUUUUUUUCUUUGUUGAAAUUGAGGCCUUGCCUGCCAAUGUAUUUUACUAUAUAAUAGGUUCUAAAUAUUUGUUGACUGUCUCUCCUGGUUUUGUUUUUGGAGAUUGCUUUUGGGAAGCCUUAAAACAAGAGACUUUAGCCCCAUUAGUUAUUAAUUUAUUCUUCUUGCUUUGUUACUAUAGAUUUGAAUAUUUUUCCGUUUUUGUGUGUGAAGAAAAGGGGAUUGUGGUUAUCUUCAGACAACAGAAAACUCCUGAGUGUAAUAAAAUUCUUGAGACCCAGCACAUCUGUGGUUGUUUUGAUUUGUGAGGCAUGUGGCCUUUGGUUAUGUGUAUUCAACCAUCUCACUGUAUCAACCACACCCUGCAAAAACUUGGACUUAGGCAAUUCCCUUCCAACUAAAAGUGAUGGAUGAGAUGUAAAGCCCUUCCUUUGGCUAAAUUACUGCCAAAAUACAAAGGGUGUAGUUGCAGGGACGUAGAUGUUGCAUUAUAAUCAAUUUUUUCCCCUUGUUGGAUGUUGGAAUGGAGUAUUAAAUCAAGCUCAAAACUAUUGCGCUUCACUUGUUCAAGGUUCACUGAAUAUCCUUUGCUUUUUCGUGAGGCCCUGUCUUCUGCAGCUACAACUAUUAAAGGGGAUUAUUUAUUUGGGCAGGAACAGGUAGAACUUGUAGAAAAUUGAAGUGGAUGUGGCUUGACAUACGUGGGCUGUUUGCCCUACCCAAGACAAGGAAUCACUACAAGGCAUGGGGGCUCUGAGGAACCAUGGGACUGCAUAAUAGAAAGCGAUGCCCUUCUGAAAUACUCCAUUUUUAAUUUAAGCUGGUCUGGGCCCAUAAAGCCUUGAAGGGCCAGGUCUUUAUUAUAUGUAGCUAUGGCGAGGGGUGUGGGUGGGGAGAUGGAUGUAACAAAUGAGCAUGAAAAAGCCAGAUUAUUCACUUGUUGAGAAAAGUUGCUGGUUUCACCUGGCAAGAAGUUUUCCACAACUGCUCUUAGCAUUUAGUUUAGUAGCAUAUGGAUAGAAUUGCGAGUAAUAAGAUUUUUCUAAGCUUUAGUGAUACAGUGUUAUCUAAUAUCACUUUGCCUUGAAAUGUUCAGUGACCAAUCAGAUCAAGUGCUCCCUUUGUGAGUAUCCUGUUAUGAUUGACAUUGGGUCCAAUCCUAUUCCCGCUGGGAAGCAGGCUUGAGCCUAUUAUAUCAAUAAAAUCGAACAUACCACCCGAAAUAUUGAGGAUGGCUGCACUUCGAGCUAGGGUAGCUCCCAGCUCCCUGAGACGUACACGCAGUAGCUCUGUUUGUUUGCUAAAAAGUGUGUAAUUGUGGCAGCACACUUGAAAGGAGGGGCUACCCACCCCAAGUCUGCACUUAGCACCUCGUCCGGGUGCAUACUCAGGGCUUGCAUUGCAGUGGCUGCGCUCUAUUUUUAGCGGGCUAGCUCAAUACCAAUGGGAAUCACCCCCCCACUGAUGUAGUGUAAACAAUUACUCACUGAAGUAGGUAAACGUUACAAGGCUAGUCCUUGGUGUAUAAAGGCAGUCAAGCUUUCUGGGGUCCCGUUAUUCUUUAACGAUUUCUUACAGAAGGGCUGUUCUUAUUCCUUACCUUUGUCUGAAGAGAAGUACGUUUUCUCCUACCACAUUUUCUGACAUAAAUGUAAAAAAUGCAACAUCUAUAAAAAUGUGGUGCAUACAUGUGGUUUAAUUUCAGAUUGCUGUUGGAUUUGUUAUCAAAUUUCAGUGUAUUUCUGUCUUAUGUUAGAGAAAUAUAUUACUAAAUCUUCAGUGAGCAAUAAUGUCAGCUGUCCUACAGCAGAUUUAUUUUUGCAGGAUAUGGAAUGCAAUGAACUGAAUCAAUAUGGGGAGGUGUAUGUGAUCUGUGGGAAUUACACCGUUUAACAUAGGAAAUUCAUUGUUCUCUCUCUGCACCACAGCACAGUGCAAGGUAAGUGCUUUUAGAAGAUGCCAGCAUUGGCUGGUAUUAAAAAAUCCAAAUUUAGGUCAGUCUGUCUGUGGUCUUGACAAAAGGAUCUUGGGAGUUGAGCACAAUGUCUAAUGUAACAAGUGAGCAUUUCUAUCUGGUUAAACUUUGCACCGUCUGGAUGCUUAUAUGUACUGAAAGCAAAUCAUGCCGAACUAGAAAGCUAUCUUUUAUAAUAUCCUCUCUAUAUUGCAACUUGGAUGUUUGAAUAGAAUAACUUUUUUUAAUGUUAGGUAAAAGGUACGCAUACAUAUUGUAGAUAUACAAUGAUCGUUUCACCCUUUGGUACCUUUUAAUAACUAAAACCUUUCCUCAGAACAGUUCAAUACUUUUAAGAAAUCAUAUAUACAUUUUUCAAUGAAAUUUUCUUUUCAUAUAUUUAUCAUAUAUGAAUAUACAAUAAAAUUACUUUCUGAAUAAA